AUGUUUUUGAUGAAUGUGGUUUGUAAAAGGCCAGUUCCUUUUUCCUCAUUAUCUUCAACACUCAGAAUACCUAAUAUCCUUUUGCGAAAUAAUAUCUCAUCAUUUCGAUACUCAUUGUUGUCAUCAUCAAAGUUAUUAACUUUUUCAAAAUUGAAUCAUACAUGUAAACAACCAGAGACAAUCAACCCAAUAUUAUAUCGAUAUGUAUUUAGUUUUAAUAAUAACAACAGUACCAGUAUAUUAAAUAGUAAACAUUUAAAUAUAAAUAAGAGUAGUUAUACUAUCGUCGGAAUAAGAAGAAGCUAUGCAACACAUAAUAGCUAUCAGGCGGAAUCAGACAAAGCCAGAAGAAGACUAGGAAAUGAUCCUACCAAUAAACGAAGAUUAGGUCCACAUCAUAUAGCCAUUACUGUACUGGUAAUGUUUAUGUUAGGAGGAUCACUUGCAUAUGUGUUCAAAGAUAUGAUAUUUGAAAAUAGUCUUUACAAUGCAACGAUCGAUGAACUCAAAUUGGAUCCCACCAUCGUCAAGAUCUUUGGUGAGAAGUUCUCUGCCAAAACAUUCCACCGUGAUCAUCACGAUGAAGCAAAUCUCAAUAGAAUCAAAAAGAAAACAAAUAACUACAAAAAGAAUAAUCAAAAUGAUGAUCAAGAUAAGAAAGAAGAUGAGACUGUAUUUGUAAAGAUUAAUUUCAAUAUCUAUGCAGAGACAGAUAAAGGUGGGGGUAAAGGAAGUGUAAGAUGCAGAGCAAAGAGAAUCUCUUCGUUCAAAUAUGAAAUAGUAUCAUUGCGUGUCAAAUAUGGAAUCAGAUGGAUUGUUGUUAUCGAUCGUGAUAGAAAACCACCAAAGAAACAAAACUUUAUCACCAAAGUAUUUGAUAUGUUUAAGAAUAAACUAUAA